AAAUUUUCACAUCAUCUUUUUGCAGGCUGUGGGCAUAGUUGCAGCUGUUGGUGAUUCAGUCCAUAUAAAAGUUGGCACUCCUGUCGCUCUUAUGACUUUUGGAAGUUAUGCUGAGUUCACAAUGGUUCCUGCAAAACAUCUUCUUCCUGUACCUAAACCAGGUCCCGAGGUUGUAGCAAUGCUAACAUCAGGUUUGACAGCUUCAAUUGCUCUAGAAAAGGCAGGACAAAUGGAAUCUGGAGAAGUAGUUUUAGUUACAGCAGCAGCUGGUGGGACCGGACAGUUUGCAGUUCAGCUUGCAAAAUUGGCGGGAAACAAGGUGGUUGCAACAUGUGGAGGUGAAAAAAAAGCCGCACUUUUGAGGUCUUUAGGAGUUGAUCGUGUUAUAGAUUAUAAGAAGGAAAAUAUAAAAGCCGUGUUAAAGAAAGAAUUUCCAAAAGGUGUUGAUAUCGUAUAUGAAUCUGUUGGUGGAGAAAUGUUUGAUCUAUCCUUAAAUGCUCUAGCAGUUUAUGGACGACUUAUUAUAAUUGGAAUGAUCUCUCAGUAUCAGGGAGAACAUGGAUGGAAACCAUUGCCAUAUGCAGGGCUUUGUGAAAAGAUUCUUGCAAAAAGCCAAACAGUGGCUGGCUUUUUUCUGGUUCAGUAUGCUCAUUUGUGGCAAGAACAUCUCGACAGGCUUUUUGAUCUCUACUCUUCAGGAAAACUUAAGGUAGCAGUGGAUCCCAAGAAAUUUUUGGGUCUUGGUUCCGUAGCAGAUGCAGUAGAGUAUCUCCAUUCUGGUGAUAGCCUUGGCAAGGUUGUUGUGUGCGUUGAUCCGGCAUUCAAUCAGAAAUCAGCAAAGCUAUAAGUGAUGAGUAUUAUCAUCUGUCAAAUGUUAAGCAAGCAGCAUUAAUAUUGUUUGGUAUCUCCUCAAAUAGUUACAGACCUGUCCUCCAUAUUGAUCAAAAUAUUUCAGGAAAACAUUGAUCUGGAAUCGGUCUAUCAAGGUAAGAAAUUAAUUGCUACAGGGUGUUUGGAGCUCAAGUUGGAAUAAGAACUCAAAUGUGAAUGAACAACAAACAACUAUAAGAUGCCUGGUGUUAAACAUAUAGCAAUAAAGUGAUUAUUUUCCUCAAGCAAUAUCAGUGACCCUUCAGAUUUU